GUCAUUGCAGAAUCCGCUCAACUUGUGGAUGGAGCUGAUGUUGGGAGACUCAAGUCCAGCCCACUCGCUCGCCCCUUGACUCACGGAGCCAUUCUCGCCAGACCUCUGUCACAUUCCACGCUCUUUACGCUCACAGUCCUCUCCCACCAUGUUGACCCAUCUGUUCCGUAUUCACGGCCUUGUGGUGGCCUCCCAUCCUUGGGAGGUCAUUGUGGGUACUGUCACCCUCACGGUCUGUAUGAUGUCCAUGAAUAUGUUCACUGGAAAUGACCAGAUCUGUGGCUGGAACUUUGACUGCCCCAAAACAGAUGAGCAAAUUCUGAGCAGUGACAUCAUCAUCCUGACCAUCACACGCUGCAUUGCCAUCGUCUACAUUUACUUCCAGUUCCAGAGCUUAAGACAACUGGGAUCCAAAUAUAUUUUAGGAAUUGCAGGACUUUUCACAAUCUUUUCCAGCUUUGUAUUCAGCACAGUGGUCAUACACUUCCUUGAUAAAGAGCUAACCGGCCUUAAUGAGGCUCUACCUUUCUUUCUACUUCUGAUUGACCUCUCCAAAGCAUGUGCUCUUGCCAAGUUUGCGCUAAGCUCCAGUUCUCAGGAAGAGGUUAGGGAGAAUAUUGCUCGAGGUAUGGCAGUACUGGGACCUACGUUCACCUUAGAUGCCCUGGUGGAGUGCUUAGUGAUCGGUGUGGGAACUAUGUCAGGGGUUCGACAGUUAGAAAUAAUGUGCUGCUUUGGCUGUAUGUCUAUUUUGGCCAACUAUUUUGUCUUCAUGACAUUCUUCCCUGCAUGUGUGUCACUGGUGCUCGAGCUGUCCCGUGAGAGUCAGGUGGGCCAUCCAAUUUGGCAGCUGAGCCACUUCUCUCAGGUGCUGGAGGAAGAGCAGGAUAAGAAACCGAAUCCCGUUACCCAGAGAGUCAAAAUAAUUAUGUCUUUGGGACUUGUUAUGGUUCACGCUCACAGUAGGUGGAUUGCUGAGCCUCUGUUGUUCAGUGCUACAGCGGGAAUUCAACAGAACGGCAUGGCGGAAGAACACCUGUCCCCCAGGAGAAUCGAGCCAGACAUACCUCUGUGGCACUUUUACCUCACCCGAAUGAUCACCAUGGAUAUUGAGCAGGUGAUCUGCCUGGCCUUGGCUCUGCUGCUGGCCAUCAAGUACAUCUUUUUUGAACAAGCGGAGAUGGAAUCUACGCUAUCGAUAAGGAACCCCGUCACGAUGUCCACAGCGCCCCUUGCUGCGCGACAGGCCAACAAAACUUGCUGCACGAAGGAGCUGGAUCUCCUCCGACGCCAUGCACUCUUCCCUGGUUUGCCUUCCACCACGCCAGCCAACAGGAAAGAAAUAGAUGAGGUUAUCCGGCCCGUGCUUGUUCCUGUUACUGAUUCUGGUUCAAGUCAUGUCUUCAUUCGUGGUGAACGAGAGGAAGAGAUAAAAUCUGAAAUCACAGAGCCGCACCUCCCCUCGAAGCCUAGAGGCCUCGUUGAAUGUGUGGCCAUUCUCAAAAAUCCAGAGCAAGGGCCUCGUUUCCUGAGUGAUGCUGAGGUGAUGAUGCUGGUCAACUCUAAACACAUUCCUGCUUACAAACUGGAGACCAUCAUGGAGAGGCCUGAGCGAGGUGUAGCCAUACGGAGACAAAUGAUAUCAUCAAAGCUUCCCUCUCCCGCUGCACUCUCGUCAUUGCCAUUCACUGAUUACGACUACUCCAAGGUUGUAGGCACCUGCUGUGAGAAUGUGAUUGGAUAUAUGCCUGUGCCGGUGGGUGUGGCUGGGCCACUACAUCUGGAUGGGACGCAGUUCCAAGUUCCUAUGGCAACUACGGAGGGAUGCCUUGUAGCUAGCACCAAUCGGGGAUGUCGGGCAAUUGCGCUUGGAGGUGGAGCCAGGAGUCGCAUCCUGGCUGACAGCAUGACCCGAGGACCUGUGGUGAGGCUGCCUUCUGCCUGCCAGGCUGCUGAGGUUAAAGCUUGGCUAGACAGCAGAUAUGGUUUCCAGGCCAUUAAAGAAGCCUUUGACAACACCAGCAGGUUUGCUCGGCUCCAGAAGCUGCUGGUUGGUCUGGCUGGAAGAAACCUGUACAUUCGUUUUCAUUCUAAGACGGGGGAUGCAAUGGGAAUGAAUAUGAUCUCAAAGGGUACAGAGCAGGCUUUGAACAAACUUCAGCAGCACUUUCCAGAGCUGCAUGUUUUGGCUGUCAGUGGAAACUACUGUACAGAUAAGAAACCAUCUGCAAUCAACUGGAUAGAAGGCAGAGGAAAAUCUGCCGUCUGUGAGGCCACCAUCCCUGCUAAUGUAGUCAGAGAGGUUUUGAAGACCUCGACAGAAGCUCUGGUGGAGGUGAACAUCAAUAAAAACCUCGUGGGCUCGGCUAUGGCAGGCAGCAUCGGUGGAUUUAACGCACAUGCAGCGAACCUGGUAGCAGCCAUAUACAUUGCCUGUGGACAGGAUCCUGCCCAGUCAGUGAGCAGCAGUAACUGCAUCACCCUGAUGGAGGUUUCAGGCCCAACAGCUGAAGAUCUUUACAUCAGCUGCACCAUGCCCUCAAUAGAGCUCGGCACUGUAGGUGGUGGAACAAACCUGCUUCCCCAGCAAGCUUGCCUCCAGAUGCUGGGCGUACAGGGGCCCAGUGAGGCUUGUCCAGGGGAGAAUGCCAGGCAGCUCGCCAAGGUGGUGUGUGCCACUGUGCUGGCUGGAGAGCUGUCACUCAUGGCUGCUCUGGCAGCUGGCCACCUGGUCAAGAGUCACAUGACACAUAACAGAUCCAAGGUGGACCUCCAAGAGAGUGUGGGAACCUGCACCAAGCAAGCAUCCUGAGAAGGCACCAUUGCUCCCCUCCGUGAGCCCUGCCACUGACUGAAUCAGUUAGGCACUGAAAUGAUUGCAGACUUUGUGUUUUCAAAACAAGUAUUUAGUCUGAUCACGCUGCGUUCUGUUUCUCUUCAACCAUGUCCACCAUUUUUUUCCAUGUGAAUUGAGGUCUUGUAAAAUCAUGGAACAAUAAAUGCACAUCGUUAACUUAAUUUAUUUUUAGCAUUUAUUUUGAGAUGCAUGAAGACUGCCGCACACCGAGCGACACGGCUGAAUCCGACUGAACUGUCGUGGUUUGGCAACUGUUUCCAUAAGUGGCCAAAAAGUCUGCCACUGGUUUUGCUGCAAUUCAAAAUUUGAAUCAUCAGCGCACACCGUCGCAACUUAUAGCCAAUCAAAUGCACAUAAGCGGCAUCGUGCAGUGUGCAGCAGGCCUGAGGCACUUAAAAUAAAUAUUCUCUUAAAUGCUGUUUAAAAUGGGAGUUUGGCUGGAAGAGCUUUGCAGUAGGUUGUGAGUUCCAUCUGUGACUUCAUAAGUGAUGUACCAGCAACUGCUGCCAGCAUCUGUGGAAUUUGUGAUCCUCCCUGCUACCGUUAAGGCUUCAUGGGAGAGUGGAAUCUCGACAAAACGGACCGUCUGGACUGAACAAUGUGUCCAAAAAUAGUUUCCAUUUGUCACUUAAACUGCUGUUGACAAUCUGUCAGUGCUAAAAUUGGCCACUGUUGUUUACUGGCGCUGUGGCGCAAUGCAAGCAGAGAAUGGGACUGACGUAUUUCCAGGUCACAGAAAAAAAUAGCUCCAGUUCCAAAAGACUUUCCUUCCGUGCCUACAUGGCGGCCAUGUUGAAUGUGGGGCAGUGACGUGGCGGCCAUGUCGUGAUGGAUAUAUCGGUUGUAUAUUGUACAUAGACUCACGGCGCAGAGAGAGAGCGGCAUGUCGGCAGUGUGAACUCUGAGGAGUACAAACACAAGUCUCUGGAGUUUGGAACAUGCUAUUGUUGAUACAGUAAAUGUUUUUUUUUUUUUUUUUUUUGUCAAGCCAUUCGCGCCUUUGGCAACGGAUUUGGAACUAGGAAGCACAUGAAUUCCUGGCGGCUCAUGACCAAGCACACCUGCGUGGUAAAUUUGGAUAACAUCUGAAAGUUUUUUUUUUUUUUUUUAUAUAUAUAUUUGCAAUAACGUCACUUUACAAUAACUAUGUUUUAGGCCAUGAAAAAAAACCAACCUACAAAACAAUAAUUUUGUACUGUACAUAAAUAUGGGUGCGUAUGGCCUCAGUGCUUCAUUAUAAUGGACAAUUGGCUAUAUCGGACGACCCCCACCCCCGUACUAGUCCAUUCUAUUGAGGUUCCACUGUAUAAGAAUUAUGUAGCAAAUCAAUUCAUCAUUCUAGUAAUACAUGUUUCAAUUGUCAAUUGACCUGUGUACUGCAUUGCAGCACCAAAUGACCAGCAAAUUACUUAUAGUACAUGUGUUUUGUAAACUGGCAGGAACUAUUUAUUGACUUUCAUGUCGUCCUGAGUAAUUUCAUGAUGAUGGGAAGACAUGGAUGGCACUGGGACUGGUUCACACAGCUGACUUUGAUAGGUGGAUGUGUGGGUGGCUGUCUCUUAACAUGCCCUGCGAUGGACUGACAACCAGUCCAGAGUGUAUGAAGUCAGUUGGGAUAGGCUCCAGCUUUCUUGUGACCCUGACGAGGAGAACAAGCAACAAAGAGAUGGAUGGAUGGUGUAGUGGCGGCACUUGCAACUCACCACUGAUGAUAUUUCAUAUUUGGGGAAACAAUGUUAUGAAUUUUGUCAUGGUCUGUGUUUUGGUUUGGGUUGCGUUUAGUUUUGUUCCAUGUUUGUCGUGUGCUCAUUUAGUUACUGUGUCCACCUGCUUUCGUCUACCUUCUGCCUUGUGUCGACCAAUCAGCUCUCAGCAGCCACUCGUGUCUUGUCCAGGUGUUCCUCAUUGUCUCGUCAAUCUGUUUGUAUUUAGUUCCCUGGUUUCUUCCAGUUCUUGUCGGUUCAUUGUCAUUUUCAGGUGUCAUUUUCUCCAUCUGUGCCACGUCUUAGUUACCAGUCAUGUUUUGUUUCCAGUUUUAGGUUUGUUCAAGUGUUUCUUUGUUACUUUGAUGAUCUGUUGUGGGACUUUGUUUAGUUUGCUUUUCCCAUGUUCGCCUUUUUUUGGGAAUUAAAUAUAAUUUUUUGAGA